CCUGGCUUGACUCUCUUUACCAUCUCAUCGUUCUGUUCUCAACUAUCAUUCAUUCUCUCAUAAAAAUCACCUCAACUACCUCACUAAUCACCAUCCUAGGGCGCCUUUAUUCGAAGCGCCCCUUCAUCACCUCAAACUAAAGCCAUCACACCAUGAAUUCCAAUAACACUCAUCUACUCCUCCUUCCCGGUACUCGAAAGCAUGGCUUAGGUCCUUUACCCUCUUUCGUUGCACCUCCUUCGGAGGAAUCAUCUGUUGCAGAUCUCGAAUUGAAGCGUGCUAUCAAAGCUGUCUUGUCUGCUAAGAAAAUUGCUGUCGUAGUUGGGGCUGGAAUCUCUACGGCUGCCAACAUCCCUGACUUUCGGUCAUCCACCGGUCUAUUCGCUUCUCUCAAAUCCCGCUUCCCGAACGCAAAGCUCAGCAGCGGUCGCGAUCUCUUCGAUAUCAAUGCCUGGAAAGAUCCUGAGACGUGCAGUCUGCACUUGGGAAUGCUGGCUGAACUUCAUGGAGUUUGUGAAAAAGCUCAACCAACCAAGUUUCACGAGUUUCUCAAGAAUUUAGAUGAAGAGGGUAAAUUGAGUCGAGUUUAUACUCAAAACAUCGAUGGCUUGGAAGAAAAGGCUGGCUUGAGCUAUGGCAUUCCGGAUUCUGCUCCUCCUUUACGUGCUCGUGAUGGUCCUCCCGGCUCCCCGAAGAAACGUGACUUGAAACGUAAACGAGGCCAAGUCUUCCCAUCCAACCUACCACCCACCCCACCCAUCACUCCACCCGCAUCAGUCUGUGAAGACCAUGGACGCGACUCGGAUGACAAAGGCAGCCAGUCAAACAGUCUUCGUGCUCCAUCGGUAUCUGCCUCCUCUCAGAGUGAUGUAGGCACCUCAGAGAUCUCUGCCUCACAAACAUCGACCACUUCCACUAUACGCACAUUGGAGUCAUCUUCCGUCAAAGCUGCUGUAGGAAGAGUGAGGACUCGAUCUGCUUGUGCCGCUGAAGCGGCGGCGGCUGCCACUGUUACCGCGACUGCUCAACCACGUCCUAUCCGAGCUAAGCCUCAAGAUCCAUUCCCACGAGUGAUUCCCCUCCACGGUACCCUCAAACAUCUUACCUGUUCGGUCUGCAAGAGCACUGAACUUAUGUCCGACUACAUUCCGGCUCUCAGCGCAGGGGAGCUAAUUUAUUGCUCUCAAUGUGAAACGUUCGAUGCUGCUCGUACCAUAUCUGGCUUUCGACCUCGAGGUGUGGGCGUCUUAAAAUCUGGCGUAGUCCUCUACGGCGAAGAACAUAAAGAAGGAGAGAUGGUAGGGGCUGUGACAAGUCGAGACUUGAUGAGGGGAAGAAGACCCGAUCUUUUAAUCGUUGCUGGAACCUCAUUGAAAGUUCCUGGUACCAAGCGACUCGUCAAAGAAUUGAGUAAGGUGAUUAGACCACCAUCGAAACAAGCAACGGAUUCAGAAGAUGAAGAUGAAGAGAAGUCAACGCUAGCAUCGAAAAAAGAUAAACCAAUUCACACAAUCUUUCUCAAUAAUGAAUUUCCUUCUCCAUGCGGGUUAUGGAAGGAUACUUUCGAUGUAUGGGUCAAAGGCGAUCUGGUCAAAUUCAUCGAGAUGGUGAAUGAAGAACGUGAGAAUCAAGAAAGAAUCAAAGUGAAGAAAGCAGAAGAGAAGCUUGAAAGAGAGAAACGAAAGGAGGAGAAAGAGAAGAUCAAAGCUGCUCAACAACAACAAGGAGCUGAACCCGCAUCUCAACAAGAAGCAACUAAACUACCAUCUACCCCUAGACGUAAAAAGGCUGCGGCCCCUCAGGUCAAGGCUAAUGUCAAUCCUUCUGCGACCAAUGCCAAACCCAAAGGUGGCAAGAACAUCAAUACUUUCUUUACCGUAUCUAAAGCUGGCUCUAAAUCUAACACUACUAGUAACCCAACCAAUUCAAUUAAGGCCAACAACAAACCUAAGGCGGGCUCAAGGAAGAAAGCGGAAAAGCCUUUGGUCAUCAUCCCUGCAAUUCAGGUUUCUACUUAGGAAUCAUCUUCAUUCUCCAAUCUCCUUUUUUUGCAUUUCAUCAUCAAUUCAUUAUUUGAUCUUGUUGUGUUGUGUCAUUUUUCUCACUUUAAAAAAAUUGUAUGACCGUUCUUUUUUGGUGUUGAUUUUCAGAGACCCUUCCUUUUGUUUUAUUGUGUAUGGUUUUCAAAACUUAAUCUAAUUAUUAUAAAACAUCACUUAUCUUAUAUAUGUGAUGAACUCUGAAAAAGAUUAUUUUGGGUAGAUGAACUUGUAAUUCAAUUUCAAUUUCAAUUCCAUUCUUUUUUCUUUUUCUUUUGUUUAUUGUCCUUUUUUUUGUAUUUUCAUGGUGCUUAUUAACAGGAAGAUUUUUUUUUCAUAUUUCUUU